AACAAACAAGAAUAGAAAGAGAAGAAGUGAAAGAAGAAGAAGAAGAAGAGGAGGAAGAGAAGAACUAAAAGAAGAAGAAGAAGAAGAGGAAGAAGAGGAGAAAGACAAACAAAAACAACAAAAACAAGAAGAAUGGACACAACUCCCACGCUUUUAAACACAACCACCACCACCACCACCACCACCACUGUCAUCACCACCACCUCCACCUCCUCCUCCACCUCCUCCACCUCCUCCAUCUCCUCCACCUCCUCCUCCUGCGUGGUCGUGGUGGUCGUCAGUGGAAGGAAUGCCUCGUGUAGUGUUGAAGCCAAUCCAGGGGGGGCGCCGCACCCCUCCGAUCAGCGCCAGGCCUUGUUGGGGACCUCCCUCCUCUGCCGUCUCGUUAGUAUAUCUAGGUAUGACCGUCCCAGCAUCUUCUGUUGGAGGUGCGGUCAUGGCGGCGUGGUGGGCGGGGUGGGCGGCGCGGGCGGCGGCAGCGUAACGGGGAGCGGGUGGCGCGCCGGCCCCAAGGCGGGGGGCGCGGCUAGCGGACCCGGGUCUCCGCCUGCCAUGUCCAAGGGCCGCCCGCGAGGAGCGUCGAGCCCCGCGGUAAGUGGCGGCGGGCUGUCCCCCGUGGCCGUGUCCUCCCCUGCUGCCGCUAUGAAUGGCGAGCGCCGCGCGGCCGUCGAGGUGGCGCCCCCCGCCUCCCGCCGUCAGGUGAGGACUUCCGCCACCUUCACCUCAAGCAUCAAGGGGCUCCUGCAGCAGCGGGAAGAAGGCGCUGGCGGCACCGGCGGGGUGCUUUCCUCGCUACGCCGCUCCCUGCCCCGCUCCAGGUCCUCGCCUGCACACAACGAGGGGCGCGCGCCCCUGCCUGAAGAGACCGGCGUCCCGCGUCGCACAGUGCCGGGCGGCCCGCGGCCCCCCGGCGGCCCCUCGCCCCGCGGCCGCCGCACGCUGUCCAGCAUGGCGUCCAAGCGUCGUUCAGUGAUCCUGGAGGAGGACAAGGAGGCUCUCAAUGGUGAGGAGGUGAGUGUCGGCCCCUCCGCCGCCGCUACUACCCACACCACGGGGCCGGUGCGGCGGUUGUCCCCCAGGGCACGCCGCUCCCAGAGUGUUCAGGAGGAGCGGCACUCCCCGGCACGUGAGGUGCUGCCCAGACAGCACAGUGCCGAGGAACAGCCCGACCAGCAGCAGCAGACACAGUCACAGCAGACGCAGGCUCAGCAGCCUGCGGUGGAGCAGAAGGAGGAGGAUCGCACGCGGGAGGCAUCCACGCUGACCGAGAAAGAGAAAGUGGAAGGUGAGCGUGAAGAGAAGGACAAGGAUGAGCGUGAGGAGGAGGAGGAGCGCAGGGCGCCCCAGGAGGAGGAGGAGGCCGAGGAGGCAGUGGACAAGUCCCCCGACGGCCGCUUCCUCAAGUUUGACCACGAGAUCGGCCGCGGCUCCUUCAAGACUGUGUACCGCGGCCUGGACACCGACACCGGCGUGGACGUGGCCUGGUGCGAGCUGCUGGAACGCAAAUGGAACAAGAACGAGAGGCAGCGUUUCCGAGAGGAGGCCGAGAUGCUGAAGGGCCUCCAACACCCCAACAUUGUACGCUUCUAUGACUACUGGGAGGUGCACAGUGCCAAGAGGAGGUGCAUUGUGUUGGUGACAGAGCUCAUGACUUCAGGGACCCUUAAACAAUACCUCCGGCGCCUUCGCAAAGUCAACCUGAAGGUGCUGAAGAGUUGGUGUCGGCAGAUUCUGAAGGGGCUGCAGUUUCUUCACUCCCGCAGCCCCCCGAUCAUCCAUAGAGACCUCAAGUGUGACAACAUCUUCGUCACCGGCACCACUGGGUCGGUCAAGAUUGGCGACCUGGGCCUGGCGACUCUCAAAAACAGAUCGUGUGCUAAGAGUGUUAUUGGCACCCCAGAGUUCAUGGCCCCAGAGGUGUAUGAGGAGCACUAUGAUGAGAUGGUAGAUGUGUACGCCUUUGGGAUGUGCAUGAUGGAGAUGGCAACACUGGAGUACCCUUAUAAGGAAUGCUCCGGUCCUGCUCAGAUUUACAAGAAAGUCACGACGGGGGUGAGGCCACAGAGCUUCCUAAAGAUUGAGGAUGAGGACGUCAAAUACAUUGUGGACUGGUGUACUCGCCUCCACAACGCUGAGAGACCGACAGUGAAGGACCUCCUGAACCAUGAGUUUUUCCAGGAGGACACAGGAAUCAAGGUGGAUCUGGCCAACAAGGAGGAGGCCAUUGCUACUGAUGUGGGCAAGGUGGUGCUAAGGUUACGUGUUGUUGAUGCCAAGAAGAGGAAAGACAAACACAAGGAAAACGAGGCUAUUCAGUUUGACUUUGACAUGGAGAAGGACAACCCAGACAAGAUUGCCGAAGGAAUGGUAAAGAUGGAGAUGAUCAUGGAGGAGGAUGAGCGGUCUGUGGCCAAGAUGAUCCAGACACAGAUCCAGCACCUGCAGCGGGAGCGAGAGGAGCGCCGCAAGAAGGAUCUGCUGGAGAAGGAGAAGCAGCAGCUGGAGGAGCAACAACAGCUCCAGCAGCAACAGAUGCAGCAGCAGCAGCAGCAGCAGCAGCAGCAACAAAUGCAACAACAGCAGCUACAGCCACAGCAGCCUCAGUUGCAAACACAGCAGUCACAGUUAGGACCACCACAGCAGCAGCUGUCACAACCCUUACAGCCUGCUGCACAGCCCACCAUCCAGACCCAGACAUCUAUGCCAGGAGCAGCAGUGCAGCAACCACCACAGCCCACACAGCUGGAGCCUCAGCAACAGCAGCAGCAGCCACAGCAACAACAACAGCAGCAACAACCACAACAGCAACAACCACAGCAACAACAACCUCAGCAACAACAGCCACAGCAACAACAACCUCAGCAGCCACAGCAGCAGACACAGCAGCAGCAACCUCCACAGACCACCCAGUUGCAGCAGCCACCACAGCAGCCUACGGCCCAGCCACAGCUCCAGCAGCCGGCCCUGCAGCAGGACACACAACAGCAGAUCCUGGCUGACACUCUUGCUCCAGAAAAACAAGGUGAAGGAGUGAGGGAGUCCGGCUACUACACACUCACUACUGGCAGUGAGGCACAGCAGACCUUUGCACAGGAUGGACAGUUAUUCUCUGGGACGUAUGGGUUUAGUAGUUAUCCUGCCAGCUCAACCCAGUACCAGCCUGUGAGCGCCGGCUUCCCGCAGCCCCAGUACCCGCCGCCCCUCACCACUGCUGGCACCUCGGCCGCCCCGGUGUACCAGCAGCAGCCUCCACUGCCACAGGUAGAUCAACUCCAAUCACAGCAGCCACAGCAGCCUCCUGAAUAUUACAGUAGCCUUAGCUCUCAGGGGGUGGUAGGGGGCGGGCCCCUCAUGAUAGGCACCUCCCCUGUGGUGUUGACCUCCCAGCAGGUCCCUGUUCAGACUCACCCACUAGUGAUGGCCUCCAUGCCCAUGGUGGUGCCCACACCAGUGCCACCCCAGGUGCCCCAGCACCCAUCCAUGGUGCCACAACAGCCAGCACUUGCCCCACAGCCAGGAGUACUGCCCUCCACCCUGCCAGCGCUGCCUCAGGCUAUCCCCAGCCAGGCGGCUCUGGUGCCGCCACUCUCCAUGGCCACACAGCCACUGCCCCUGGCCCAGCAGGCAUCAGUGUCCCAGUCUGUGGUGACCUCAGUGCCACUCAUACCACAAUCGGGAGCUGCAGCAACCCCGCCAAUAGUGACACACUCUGUGGUGCCUCCCUUGCCUGUGGCUGCUGCCCAGGCCUUACCAGCCAACCCCAUGGCCAUGGCCCAGACCCUUAUGACUUCCCAGGCCUCCGUGGUGUCCCAGCCAGUCAUUGCUGUGCAGCCUGCCACCGUGUCACAGGCCAUGGUUGUGCCCCAGCUGUCACACCAGGCCAUGGUGACACCACACCUUGUGCCAAUGCACCAGAGUAUUGUGUCCUCACAGCCCCUGGUGACCACACCCUCAGUGAUGACGUCACAGCCUCUGGCCACCUCACAACCCCUGGGUACAUCACAGCCACUCAUAAUGUCACAGCCAAUGAUCACCACACAGCCUCAGAUGGUAUCACAGGGCCCUGUCACAUCACAGCCCCUGGUGACCUCACAGCCACAGCUGGUACCCCAGCCCCUUGUAACUCACAAGGCACCAGGCAUUGCUGAGGUCCAUGUGGUUAGUCGCAUGGACAUGCACAGCCACCCUGCCAUGGGGCCGCCUCUCACUGUGGUACCGGAGCCUGUGCCAGCCCUGGCCACACAGCCUGGAGUGCCUGCCCCCCAGGCCCCAGCCAGCCUGGCACCAGCCUCUCAACCGCUCACCACGGAGGUCUCCCCUGUCCUGAUGGCAGCCUCCCUCCCCAGUGCUGGGCCACCACAGGGCCUGGUGUCAUCACAAGCCACCAUCAUCACCACCACUGCUGCCUCCACCACCACCCUAGAUACAGUACCACCCCAGCCCCCCGCCAGCAGUGCCCUGCCAGACAGCCAGGAUGCAGCAGCCACACAGCCCACGACCCUGCAGAGCCAGCCGACCGUGGUGCCAUCCCUGCCGCCAGUGGUGUCGUCCGUCACGCCGGUAGGAGCCAGCCCGUCACCAUCCACGGUGGUGGGCGAUGCCAGCCAGGUGGAGUCUUGUCCUUCACCGCAGAUCCUCGCCGACACCUACUCUCACCUGCUCAAUGACAGGUCUGGGGGUGGCCAUGAGAUGCAGACCACCACCUCCCACUCCACCACUGCAAGCUGCAACACCCAGCCCUCCUCCACUACCCCUUCCACUCUACAUCCUCCUUCCUCAACCCUUUCCUCCUCCUCAACCACCACCACCACCACCACCACCCUGACGACCUCCGCCUCCGCCCCCACCAUUCACCCUACGUUUGAUCCCAGUGCGGCCUCAGAGUCGGAGUGCAGUGAGCACCCGGCUGAUGGCUCCGGCAGCAAGACCCACUCGGAGCGCACCAAGAGACCCCGCAAGAAGAAGACCCAGGAUCGAUUCCCCAAACUGACUGUGCUGAGUGCCAACGAGACCAUGGUGGAGUGCCAGUUGGAGACCAUUAAGCAGAAGACGAUUACCUUCAAGUUCGACAUCACCGACAACGACGCACUAGACGUGGCCAACAAACUGGUAAUGACAAACCUGCUGCCGGGGAACCACUCUGAAGUCGUCACCUUGUACAUCAACGACAUUAUGCAGCAGCUGAAGACCAACCCGAAGGUGCUGCCCGUUGUGUCCACCCCCUGCCUGGACUCACGCCCUGGUCAGCAGCCAUCCCAGGACAGCCACCACCGCUCUCCGUCAGCCUCCCGACGCCACAGGGAGGACUCGGAUGCCAGGGCUCGCUACCUGGCCAGGAAGCUGAGUCGGUCCUCCCCCAAGCGGCGGCGGCGACACAGCUCUCGUGAGGAAGGCACCGGGGCUGAUAGCACGCCUGGCACCCCCAGCAAGAGGGCUGAAGUCAGGGAAGUCCCACCACAGGGACAGACCAGCCCCGUGCACCAGCCUCAGCCCCAGCAGGACACGCAGCCUUCAGUAACACCCACAGCAUCAAUACCACAGCCACAGAAGCCUCCUGUCACGCCACUGGUCCCUCAGGCUUUCAGAACAUCACGCUUCCUGGUGAGUCCCGUGGCGGAACACAAGGUGGUGCCGGGACUGGAAGCAGAGGACACAGCAGCUGGAGUGGCACAGAAGCAGCAGCCACAGCAGCAGCCGCAGCCGCCAAUGGACACCCUGACCCCCAGUCUUGUACCCCUUCCGGAUGAGUCCCCUCAAUCCAGCUCCAUCCCUGCUUCCUCUACUGCUGCUCUGCUUCCACCUGCACAACCCCCUUCUGCUUCCACUGUGCCCCCACCACACCAGGACCCACAGCAUGAAGCUGUGAGCAUCAGCAGUGGCAUACCAACCUCCCAGCCGGGAUCAGGGGGCCCCACUCCCCCACACCACUGCACGCCGGAGAACACCUACACUUCAGACAGCCAGGCCAGACUCUCCCAGCAGAACUCACUGGAGAAGAAUGACAGCGUGACCUCCAACAGCAACUUGUCAGACCUGGCCCGCAAGCUACAACAGCUGCAGACGUCUGUGGGUUCGGCCUCAGCACACUCCAUGAGUUCAGUGCACACCGCGCCGCCUCUCACCAUGCCCAGCCACCCCAGCACCCCCGUCUCCCUGGCCACUCAGCCCACCUUCAGCCACGACCUCAACACACAGCUGGCAGGGGUGCUGUCCUCUCGGGCGUCACGCUGCUCACGGGCCCUCUGGUCGCCGUCUACCAACUACAAAACCUGCCCAGCCUUCUUCCACGUGUUGGCUCCUGAGGAGGGUGGUGGUGGUAGUGGUGGUGGAGGUGGUGGUGGUGGUGGUGAAGGCAGCAUAGGAGCCACGGGUCUUGGAGUGCCGGUGCAGGAGCCGAACUUGGUGAUGCCAUCUCAGGGACCACAUUACACUAACACCACCACGGAUAUUCCACCUACGGAUCUACACAAGGUUGCAUGUGAGUUGGAAGCUGGUGGUGGGAACUUAGGUGUCCACCCACUGUCUCCGGCUCCACCCCACACCACUCCGCUCACCAUCGUGGUCAGCCCCCCCGCCCCGUCGCCGCAGGGCCCCACCUUGCUACCACACCAGGGUGGGGUGUCCAUGGGGGCAGAAGAGCGGCCAGAUCUGGUCACCUCGGCCAUCUCCAGUGAGGCCGUCGCCCACACCCUGGUCACACCCCACACCACGGGCGUCCUGGUCACCCCAACCAUGCCGCUGGAGGCUGUGGGCGUCCCCAUCACCUCGGAGGUGUUCCGGGGCUACCAUGCAGUGCCCCAGCAGGCCAUCAACACCACGGCCCUACACCAGCUGUCAGCCUUUCCGCCAGAGAUGCCGGAGGGCACCACAGUGAGCUUCAUUCCUCAGCCCAGCAUGGCUGUUGGCGAGGCUGGACAUAUGGAUCCCCACCAGGUGGCCUUGGGCACGGCAUACAUGACUGCCCAGCUAGGCCAGGUGAGGGGGGAGGUGGAUCAGGUGGUGGGGGAGGGCAGCCAGACCAGCAUGGAGCACAUCCCCCUCACUGGCUCAGCUCCCAUGUGUGUGCCCACGCCCAUGAGCCUGACACAGGGAGCCACCCAGACCAUGACCUCUGACAUGCACCCUGAGAUGAGCAUGUCUGGCACAGCCCUCACACUGCCGCCUGGAGUGAUGCUGGCCAUGCCCGCCAGCUCUGUCCAGCGGAACAAGAUGGACCUCAACGCUCUCAAGGAACAGCUGCAGAAGUUGGUGCCUGGUGCCCACCUCACCCUCACCCAUCAUCCAACAGAGGGCAACGUAAACUCUGGAUCUCCCUCCCUGGACGGGCUGCCUCCAGUGUACCCACAGGCUCCCCUCAGUGCUGCCCAGACUGCCAUGGGUGGUAUCCCCCUCACAGUGGUGGGCUCCAGCGCCAUGACACACCAGGAGGGCCUGGCAGCCACUAGUGAGGCGGGCGUCAUCCUCCCCCAGACAGUACGACUCCCUGGAGGGGAGACAGUGGCAUUUGUGGGGCCUGUCAUGAUGGAACCUGGAUGCCAGCCUCCCCUUGGCUACCCUACCAUGCUGCCGCUGGGCAUGGAGAAAGACAGGGGCACGCCCCUGCAGCCUGGGCCACCCCUGUCCCGUACACCUUCUCUUAAGGAAUCAGAGGAACAAGGUGGAGAAGCUCGGCAGACCAGGAUUGCACGCUUCCAAGUCACCAAGGUGGCAGAGGAGGCUGUCAGAAGAGCCUCAGACGCUUCCACCGCCAGCAGUCCAGUCAGCUCCCCUGUGAGGCGGGGCCGCUUUGCCGUCACCAAGGUGGCAGAGUCUGUGGACUCCACCGAGGGUGGCUCAGGAAGCACUGCUCCCACACCGGCUCCCCCGGACACUCCUAACCUUGUCCAGCAGCCUCUUGAAGACUUACAGGGCCAGACCUUCUCCGAGCCUCCCUCUGCCAUCCCCUCUGUGCCUCCCUCUAUGUCCUCCUCCCUGGUCAUGGAGGACAGCCCAUCCUCCAUCCCGGCAGAGAAGAGACAUGCAGGUCCUGCACACACGUCUCCCGAGGAGCAGCUGCCCACGCCGGAUGGGAGCCGCAGCAGCGCAGUUGUUACUAGACUUCCUGGCGAUAGGUGGCAGCCCCAGCCCCUGCCUUCACUCUCUUCCUCUGCCUCUCCUCAGCAGCCACCUCUGGGUGGAGGGUCCACCCUCACCCCCUUACCCACUCCUAAUCCUCUCAUUUCUAACCCUCCUGCUGCCAAGAAGGCUGCCACACCCAGCCACAAGCCAGACGCCACUAACCAGCAAGCCAAGAUCCUGGCUUUCAGAAACAGCAAGGCAAAUCUCCACCAGCUGAGCCCUCACCCUCCCCUCACCCCCACAUUGUCUUGGGGCUCAGAGAGGGGCAUUCCCGAGGCCAUCAGUCCCUCCUCACCCCCCAAUGCCGGGAGGAGGAAGACCGAGGAUUGGGAGGAAGGAUCUGCCACGGGGACCAAGGCUUCCAGCACCAAGUCCAGCCCACUUGUAUCUGCCCGAAGCACAUCCUACGAUGCAGACACCGAGGAGUCCUCAGAGGCCUUGCUGAGCCAGGACUCGGGCAGCAGCUUUGAUGCGGCACACCAGAGCACCAGCAGUGUGUCCCCACACACCCACCAGCCAGCCACCCAGAAGGCCGGUGUGUCCCCCAGCCCACAGAGAAGCAAGGGCACUGCCAUCUUGACGGCCUCAUCCCCCAGCCCUCCGAAGGGCAAGAUCAUCAAGUGCUCCAAAUUGGGAGGCAGCAACAACUGGCUGGACCGUAGCAGCAGCAUUCACGACCUGGGCGGUCUGUUUCAGGAGGUGAAGCGCUCCCGGGAGUUUCUGAACAAGUCCCGUGAGUACCUGGCUCGUCCCUCCCUCAAGGUGGAGAGCAGCAGCAUGCCACUGUCCCGCACCAAGAGUGUCAGCAGCCUACAGCACUUUGGCCUGGCCAGUGCCAAAGACAGCGGCCUCUCUAAGUCCUCAUGGGACCUCAACAAUGUCAUUGGCUCCCCGCCAAGCUUCCACUCCCUGCGCACUGCCAGCAGCUCCAGCUUCAGCGAGAGUCACCGGCCUCGCCCCCACACCCCACCGCCCAAGAGGAACCCAGCCCUGCGUCGCCUGACUGGCCAGGAUGGCCUGGGCAUGGGCGACUCAGUCUACCACACUGUGCACUCCACCCCACGUCACUCCCAGGCCAGGCCUGCCAAAGGGAUCGGGAUGACCUCCCCCCACCUUCCAGCCCGGCCCCAGACCCCGGCCUUCCAGGAGGAUGUGUACUACACCAUCCAGGGCGAGGCAGGGGUGACGCAGCACUACCAGGCAGAGGACAGCCGCUCCUGGCACCACCUACAGGAGGACCACCGCCCCCUUACCUACACCAGCAGUGAGGAUGACUCAGAGCUGGAGGAGCCCAUGUACCAGCCACUGCAAGAGUGGCCUCCCUCAGAAGCCCUCAACUCACACUAUCUCUCAGAGAGCCCCUACUCCCCCAGCGACAGCUACCCCCCACCACACUAUGUCCCCACUGAGGCUUACAACCCCACUAUGGGAGAUGACCCAUUACUCCCCAAGGUCCUCAAGACAUUCCUGGCACUCCCCUUCCCCUCCCUCUCCUCACUAUCCCCCCAUCUCCCCCAAGAGCCUAAGAGCCCCGCAGCAGCGCCACCACCACAAGUAUUACCUUGGCGGACAUUCCACGUACCAAACCUACCAUGGCCCUGGCUUUUCCCCCAUGUCCCUCCACCCUCACUCAUGCCACGGCUCCCAAUGCUCCCUCAGUCCCCUCACUAUCAGCUGUCGCGUCCCUGCAUGCUCCACAGUCACCCUCACUCCCCCUCUAGUCGACCAUGGCCUUCAUCUCCGGCCCAGCUCGAGAUGGGUUGUGUUUACUCUUGGACAGAGGAGGAGGUGGAGACGAUCAAACAGGAGCUGGAAGAGUACUCGGAGGAUGACGACAGCUUCCAGCAACUUCUGUCUAAGCAGGAGAUGGAGGAAGCAGAGCUGCGCCGCCGCCACCAGCAGGAGAGGGAGGCCUUCAGGUUACGGCGCCACCAGCGCCACCAACAGAAGCAGCGUCCAAAGUCACUCCAGCUGUCCUCCUCCCCCAGUCCAUCAGCCCAGCCCCCGACACCCCCUUCUCCCCAUGCUGCAGGGGAGGCCGGCAAGGGCAGCAUAGAUACAGCUGUGUCCUCUGACCACACCUCAGACAUGUCUGGGGCGGGAGCAGGCAAGAAAGGACGCACCAUCUCAGAGGACAUGCUGGAGCUGGUGCAGAAUCUGGGUGCACCGCGGCAGGUGGCGCGGCCGCCACCUGGCAAGAUGACCCUCAACCAGAUGAUGGCACAGCAGAAGGCCUUGGCCAGCAUGCCGUCUCAGGGGCAGCGGCCGGCAUACCCUGGUGUGGGUGUAGCUGCAGCAGGGCCUUAUCACACUUUCUCAGCGUUCCAAACAUUCCCCCUCCCCUACCAACGGCUGUCCGACGCCUCUGGGGUGACUGGGCCCCAUGCUGAAGAUGGAGCUGCUUCCCUGCCAAGCAGCAGCAGCAGCAGUAAUUUACAGCAGCAGCAACAGCAGCAGCAGCAGCAGCAGCAGCAGCAGCAGCAGCAGCAGCAGCAGCAGCAGCAACAGCCACAGCAGCCGCAGCCGCCGCAGCCAGCUGCCACAAGUGCCUCUUGGGUACAUUGGCAACAGCAGUAGGUUUGGCCAACAUUCCAAGUUCCCACUGACUGCUGGGAAUCUCCAUCUGUGAUCCCAUAUAUUUUUUUUGUUUCUGUUAACUCCCAUCUGGAGCUGGACUCUGGUCGUCAGCAGUGGAAGCAGUGCCUUCCUGCUUGGCUAGUGAGGGGUACUAAUGUAUUGUCCCAAACUCACUGCUGCCAUACAACACAGGGUGUGGAGGGGGGAGGGGGGAGGGAGACACAGUCUGGGCCAGCAGUGUUUCCAUUGCCUGAGACAGAGUUGCCAACUAGUCACGUAAUAGAAGGGAUGGAGGAGGUCUGGCUCGCCAAGGUGCCUCUCGCCGGCUGGACUGUUGGUUGUUUACGCCGAGGUCCCUUGGUCAUCCACUCUUUGUUUUCACUAUGACUAGGUUUGUUGUUUGCUAGUGAUUCUUUAUUGUUUUGUUGUACUGUUCCACGGCCAAGAACGAGCCGGGUUCGCCUCGGCCCACCGAGACGGACACUGCCUUGGUCCGCCGUUUGUUGAUAUGACUAAGGGUCGACGUGUGUAAAUGAUGUAAAAAUAUGUACAGAGAGUCGUGUACAGUGAGGGGGAUUGUGAUGAAUCUAUUGCUGGAGGUGUUUGCUUCACCCUUGUUUUGGGCAAGCCAGUGCUGGCCGGUCUUCCAUCAGCCGCUGGGGGGCAACGUGCUGCUGCCAGGAGCGGCGUGGCAGGCCCGGCAGGCCCGGCAGCUGUUACUUCUCGCCAGAGAGUCUCUGUCAGGAUCGUCGGGCACUGCUGAAGGCUUUCUCUCAUUUAGUCUGCAUGUAGCACUGCUAUAGUAAGGGACCUGGACACACUGACAGUAACCUUGUGAUGACCAUUGGUGCUACAGCCUUGCUUCACACAGCCUAUAAGUUAUGCAGGCGUCUCUCUACUAGUGCAUACAUUGGACUGGUCUUGAUGCUGACAGCAAAACACAAGGACUGAUGGACAGCAGAGUAGGAGGUUUGCUCCCUCCUCCUGUCCAGCAAGCAUGCUCACCUUGCACACCACACCACACCACACCACACCACACCACACCACACCACACCACACCACACCACACCACACACACACACACACACACACACACACACACACACACACACACACACACACACACACACACACACACACACAGCUCAUGAGGACCUUACUAAUGAACGGCAGGCUUGCAGUAACAUGGACAGGAAUACACUGAUGGCAACAGACCAUCAUGGAGACACUUAGUGGUUCCUGUAGCCAUGGAGGAGUGUUAGUGGUGUACCCAAGGUGUGGUAGUGACUGGGGAGAGAUGUAACAAACCCUCCCAAUGAUGUGUCUGUUGUGUGUUCACCAUCAUCGUCUUAUUUCAACACAUCAGCUUCAGCGUUACGCCUCAGAGCCGCCACAGUAUAGUUCACUUCAAUAAUUAACGAAUUGUAUGUGGCGGUGGCCUUUUAGCCUAGUGACCCUUUGCUGUGGCCCCACCAACCAUCCAGCUCCUCCCCAGCAUGCAUAAGCUGCGUGCCAACAGAGGUGUGUCUCGCAGACCAGUGCACCACCACCUCAGCGGUGUCUGCCUGGCACUUCCGCGCUUCACCAAGCUUAGAGACAACCAGACGAUAUUUAGCUAACAGCAAUGCGCGCCUGCCUCCACCAAGAACUCUCCCUACCUAGAAGCAAACCGUUGUGGUGAGUGCGUCGUCACACCGCCGUGCUGGCCUGGGGUGGUGCUCUGCUUGUCCAGGUUUUUGCAGUCUUUGUAACCCAAGUAAAAUUGGCUUUCUAGAUUGCUGCCUCUAUCCAUUACUGAGUAUUUAUGUUACCUAGAUUAAUAUUGUAAUAUAUUUUAUAUUCAGUUUUGUAAGGCUUGAAUUGUAAGUUACUAAGAUUCCUUCCAUUACUAUUCUUAAGUUUGAAUUGGCUGCUGCCUUGUUUGCACAGUUCAUUUGUGGACAAAGUAACCCACUCUGGCUGCUGCAUCACAGCCCUCAGCUGCCAUAUGUUGUCUGCCAGUUGAACAAGAUUCCAUGAAGUCCACUCUUUAUUGUGCUGUAAUAUAUCUUGUAUGAUAACUAGACUUAUUAAUAAAGUGGUGCAAAAUUU